UAGUCCGCGCCGAGCAGUGAUCCAGUGUGGUUCAGCAGAGCACUCCGAAAUGGUUUCUCGUCGCGAUGGCUUACUGCUAGCCAUCACCCUCUUGGCGGUCGGUGCAUUCAAAUUAGCGCAAUCCACAGCAUGCAAGUGUAACCAUAUGUCCAGUUGCCUGAUUGCCGAUGUCGACAACAGAGCGCUUAGCCAGCUAAGCCAAAAUUGCCCGGCAGGGUUGGGCCACCUCAACGAUCUCCUGAUAGUGCGGUACAACGAUACAAAGCUCACCGCCGAUGCAUUUGCCAGUUGUGGCAACCUAACCAUGCUGGAGAUAUUCGCAGGAUGGCUCAGCGCCAUAGAACCGGGAGCAUUCGGGAAAAUCCCCGAUCUGGUGAAGAUCGUGAUCCAGCACAACCAUCUGAGAAACCUUGAAGACAACACAUUCCAAGGCCUGGGCAAUCUGCGUUUGCUGUAUCUGUUGUCGUGUGAAAUUACGACGAUCAGCGAGAAUGCGUUUGCCGGACUCAAGAGUCUCAGCCAACUGGUGUUGACCAACAACAAGCUGACGCAUCUACCAGCGGCGCUUUUGCGCCCCACUCCGCGCCUACGAUCGAUCGUUUUGAACCACAAUCUGAUAGGCGAAGUGCCUGCCGGAUUCUUCGACGACUUCGACGACAUCUUCCGCCUUGACUUGUCAAACAACCGGCUGACUUCGUUUGAGUUUCCUCUGCUCAACGCAUCCUUGCUGGUGCUGCACAACAAUUCGCUCACGAAGCUUUACUUAAACGGCCACCCGUCGAUAAUAGGGGCGGACCACAAUCGGAUUGCCGAAAUUUCCGGAACCGGCGAAAACGUCACCAUUCUGAUUUUGAACGAUAAUGCCAUCACGGACAUUACGCCACUGGCCGGAAUGAAGAAGCUGCAGAAGCUAAUUCUCAACAACAACCCUCUCCAGCCCAACACCGUCUUCAGCACCCAUACCUCACUCGAGCAUCUGGACCUGAGCAACACGAGCCUUGUGAUAACCGAAAAGACUUUUGCCAACCUAUCGUACCUGCAGCUACUGGACCUCUCCUACAACGGGCUGGCCGAGAUCGACUUCCGCAUGUUUGCCUCGCUAACGGAAUUGCAAAUUUUGAACGUGGCCUUCAAUCGCAUCGAGAAGAUCAACUUCAUCGAGUUGCGCGAGUAUCUGCCCAAUUUGCAUGUCCUCGAAAUCUGCGGUAACGGGUGGAACUCCACCUACAUGCAAACUACGCUGGAGCAUAUGAACCACUACAAACUGUCGGCCGAUAUGCAGGGUCUUUCGCAGUUCUUCCUGUUCACCACUAUGUUUGUCGAGCUGUGCACCGCGCAAACGGAAACAACUACGAAACCGAACUUGGACUACGAAGCAUACCAAUCGAAGGAGUUUGCUGACAUCGUUGAUCUGGAUUUAGCGGAACUUUACCCACCGUCCAGCCCGGCGACCACCACUACCGAAACUCAGGCGUUGCUUUCUACGGUUAGAACCAAUCGUGUGCCCCAAGAAGAAACCACUUCCGCGGACCCUCCGCCGGCCAAGAAAGCCGUCUCUCUCGUUAACACCAAACCGACACCAGCGAAACAGCAGCCAAUAGUGGAAGCUUCGCCACUCUAUCUCACCUUCCAGGUGUUUGUGUAUCUGUUCGCCGUCGUCGGGGUGACCAGCCUUGUCGUGCUCGCGUACUACAUUCGCCAGCGUCGGUUCAACAUUCGCCGCAUUUCACCCAUGGACAUUCCGGACUCCGUCCGGUUGGUGUAACAGUGCAAGCGAUAAAGUGGUGCAAGCAAUAAGAAAGCCCAUGUGGCCCUUUCUGCACAUAUUCUAUCUCACCAUCGUUUCAACUUUACCGACUGAUUGAGCCCAGCUUACAAUUUAGCUGGUGCAUAAUUCAAUAACCGUGACGUGAUCAGCAUCAGCAGUUUACUAUCGUUCUGUUUCUUUUUUAAGCCUGCAAAGUAAAUAAAAUAAGAUAACCAAG